UCGGAGGAUGAUCGCACCUCGGGACGGGAUUAGAACAAGGGUGUGGUUUUUUAAACGAGGCUCCAGCUCCCAGCGUUACUCGGUGGAAGGCUGUUUCUUCGGACUUUCGGGCCGGGUAAUCGGCCGGGCGCGCCCGGGCGCAUAUUCGGGGCAUAUUCAGAGCGCGAGAGAGCAGCAGGUGGAAGCGGUUCUGGAGCGGGAACUGGUUUGGUGGGAGCCGCAAGGUGGUCCACCGCCGGUACCUCUCGGUAUACCAGCCGGGCCGGCACGGCGCGGCGCGCUCUCGCUGGCACGUUGUCGCGCGAGUGUAUUCAUGCCAGUGGCGGGAGUCCCCGAGGGAACCCGGUGGGGCCUCCUCGCUCACUUCGCCGACAAGUGAUCGUUUACAGUUAUAGUCAGUCCGCAUUGGGCGCUCGGCCGGCCCUGACUGGUAUCGGCACACGUAGUCGCUGAUAAAGCCUCGCUCUCGACUUUUUCGGAUUUGUGCGCUCUCCGUCGCGGAGCUCUCUUCCCUUUCUCUUCUUCUCUCUCUCUCUCUCUCUCUUUCCCUCUCGUUCUCCCUUUUUCAGGACGGGAGCUCGCGAUCGCGACGAGUAACAGUGAUCCGGAGUCCUCCUCUUCCCUCCCACCUCUCUUCCUUGGACAUUUUUCUAAAUUUCCUUAUCGUCGUCGCCGAUAAUCGCCGUCGACGCGACAACGUCGACUGCUCUCCCGAGUUUGAAACUGACAGCGGCGAUUGACAGGGGCGUUCGUCGAGGGUCGCCGAGGGCAGCGGGCUCGCGGGCUAAGGUAGCGAACGAUGAUUUAGUGGCAGGAGAUCAAGUGAGUGUCGUGUGAAAGGAAAAGUGUGCGGGACGUUCGGCGGCGAAAAGCGCGCUGGGUACCAGAUACCAGUUUCAGUGAGCGUGCACUCGCCGCACUUACACGGUGCACUGAUGGAGAACAAUCGACCGACGAGAGGGCUCGAGCUGUGAUUCUUAUCAGGAUAAUGCGCAGCCUGGAUAGGCUAUCGGGUAGCGACCAAGACUGCGGCGAUCGGGAAAUGUACAUCGACCUGGACGACGCAUCCGUCGACUCGCUUACCGGGAAACGUACUCGCCACCAUGUCGCGGAGGUGGGUGAGGAGAGCGACAGCAGCGGGAGCGAGAGGAGCCCGAAGCAGGCGAAGAGAAGAAAUCGCGGCGGCGCGCCGCCGACCACGAGGAGACGGAAAAGCGGCAUUUCCGCGCGCGAGAGGAACCUGAGGAGGCUCGAGAGUAACGAGAGAGAGAGAAUGAGAAUGCACUCCCUCAACGACGCCUUUGAGCAAUUACGCGAGGUAAUACCACACGUAAAAAUGGAGAGGAAGCUCAGCAAGAUAGAGACGCUCACGUUGGCUAAAAAUUAUAUAAUGGCACUGACGAAUGUCAUAUGCGAGAUGCGUGGCGAGGAACAGCCGUACACGUUUGUCGAUGGCGAAUGCGGUUCCAGCAGCGGUGAUAGUACCGGCCAACUAGAAUUAAGCGGGGGCGAGCAACCUGACGAGUCAUCCCCCGCGUCGAUUCACGAGACUAACAACAACAGUCUUCUCCACGAAGACUUGGAACGCAGGAUCUAAGAAAGUUCGAUCUAAACGACAAACGUAUCGAGACAUCGAAUACGCACACACAACCACGUACACACGCACACAUACACGCACAGACUCUGUGAUAAACUAUCAUAUUAGUGCCUUUCGUAGGAACAGCAAUCCGCGACGAUUCACUCAUUAUUCGCCAUGGAUCUUCGUAGAUCGUCGUAUUCAUUUGCGAAAAAUCCGCGCUGGAAUAAAAAAUGAUAAUUCCGCAGGGACACGAUAAGAGAAACGCGAGAACGAGCGGAAUGAAGGGGAAACGAAUAGAAAGAGGCGUGAAGAGACAGAAGAGAAAGAGAAAAAUAGGAUAAACCUAACGAAGUAGAAUAUAACGGAGUGAAUAGGGCAGGAACAGGACAGAAAAAGAGAAAGAUAGGAAGGGUACGCGUUUUUUUUUUUUAUUAUACGUAAUACACGGGACGUUUUCGGUCUAGCGCAUAAUCCUUUUCAAAGAGAGAUUUCUCGAGGAGUCGAGAUGUCCUUAGAAGUUUCAUAGGAAGCCAUUAUUUUAUGACUUUAUCUUUAUCUUCCAUACUAGAGAUAUCUUAACAGCCAAACCUCAAUCUAACGAGGGACACUCACGAAGUGCCAUGUCGGAUUUGGGGAAACCAGGAAGCAAAUUUUUCAUGAAUGAGCACGAAUAAAUAUAUAGAAUUAUGUAAAACUAUACAACAAAUAUGUCCAUGCAUAUUUUUACAUUGCAUAUUUCUAUAUAAUUUUACACAAUUCUACACAGUUCUGUA